CUCGAAACAGUUUGAAUGAUGGGAUUUUUUAUUUACACUUUUCUUCCAAGAAUUUGCUGCGUUUUUCAGUUAAAAAAUGAUGCAGUGACUUGUUUAUGUGACUUACAGGCUUAAAUGGAAAAUUAAAAUCGCAUCAAAUAACUGUUGAAGAAAAACUUGUUAUUUGUUACGAAAUGUGAUUACAUAUUGUGAGCGAUAAUACGGCAUAUCAAUGGACGACAGUGAAAUUGACGAUCUAGUCGAUGCAAUCAACCGUGAAUUAAUUGAUCAAGAAUUUUCGAAAGCAAAUAUUGCUUUUGAACGAGAAAGGAAAUUUUCAAUCCAGAGCGAUGAUCAAUUAUCAGAUACCGAAUCUGAAAUUAGAACGAACGAAGGUGACAACAUAGAAACAUCGUUACUAUCCUCCGAAAGCUUGUCUCCAACUAUUCCUCCAAGGAAAAAGUCCUUUCCAACCUGCUUAACAAUCUCGGCUGGAAUUUUAUCUUGUAUUAAUGGAGUUUUAUUCGGUUAUGAUAUUGGUAUUAUAUCUGGUGCUUUACUUCAAUUAAAAACUCAUUUUCAAUUGAAUUGUAAGGACAGAGAAUUAUUAGUUUCCUCUGCACUGAUUGGUGGUAUUGUCUCAUAUGUAAUAGCGGGUCUAUUAGUAGAUAAGGUUGGGAGAAAAGUUACAAUUAUAAUAAAUUGUGUAAUCUUCACAAUAGCUUCGUUUUUAUUGGCGUUUGCUCAGAAUUUUAGUAUUUUGAUAUUUGCCAGGUUACUUGUCGGGUGUGCUGUUUCAUUAUCGUCCGUUUCAACUUGUAUUUAUAUGUCAGAAAUAGCAAUUUCUAAAUUAAGGGGAAGAUUGGUUUCAUUAUAUGAAUUUGGUAUAACUUUGGGGUUUUUAGUGUCAUUCCUUGUCAGCUAUUUACUUAUUACAACUUCUGAUGGAUGGAGAUACAUGUUCGGAUUAGCUUCCAUACCAUCUGUUAUACAGGCUCUAUUAAUGUUAAACAUGCCGAAAAGUCCCAGGUAUUUGUUAUUGAAGAAUAAAGAAGCCGAAGCGAUUAAUUGCUUAAGAAUACUUCGAGGUCAUUCAUCCAUAGAGACUGAAAUUCAUCUAAUUAAGAAGUCUUUGUUCGAAGAAUCUCGCUACAAUUUCCUUGAUCUAUUCAGAAAUAAAGACAAUAUGAUGGCAAGAAUGGGCAUCGCUAUAAGUAUUGUUACUCUUUUACAAUUUUCUGGUCAACCAAAUAUACUAUUCUAUUCGCCAACAAUAUUUCAACAUAUUGGUUUUCAUAAAGAUACAGCCUCUACUUUGGCAACAGUUGGCUUAGGUUUGGCAAAGUGUAUUUUUACUGGAUGUCUAUUAUUCGUAGUCGAUAGAUUUAGUAGACGGAGAUUAUUAACAAUUGGCUGCACUUUAAUGUUGAUUAGCAUGGCUUUAUUGGCAAUAACCUUAUAUAAUUCACCUAACGAUCUCAAAUUGGAAAAGAUAUGCAUUGAUGAUAAAAAUACGACCUCAAUAGUGUUCGCGUUCAACGACAGUUCUAUAACCACUCCAGCUAAUAUAUCAGCAAAUAACGAAUUAGAAAUACAGCCAACAAGAUUCUUUCGUUUCCUAGUGAUAAGCUCUUUAAUUACGUUCGUAAUCGGAUUUUCCAUCGGUUUUGGUCCGAUUUCGUGGUUAAUUCUCAGUGAGAUAUUUCCCACAUCUCUAAAAGGAAGAGCAUUCUCUGUGGCGAAUAUAUUUGGUCUCGGAUCAAACAUUUUAGUAUCGAUGACAUUCUUGGAUGUAACGGCUGCCAUUGGAUUAGCGAAUAUGUGCACAAUUUCCGCUAUUGUCUGCCUAUUAUCCAUCCUUUUUGUUAGUCUAUUAGUUCCAGAGACAAGAGGGCGUACAUUGGAACAAGUUAGCAAAGAACUACAAACAAUGUCUGUGAUAAGAAGAGUAACGUACAAACUUCGCAGUUGUUUUUCAUCGUCUUCUAGAAAUUUGCAAACGAAUGCAUCUUAUGAAAGUAUGGAUAGUCUAUGCACAUCAUCAAUUCCCAAUAAUGAAUAAUUAUAGCAAUAAAACUCACAAAUUACACUACUGUAUCGGUGUAUUUUUGAUAACCUUUUCGUUUAGUAUAUUGUUAGAAAAUGGGGGGAUAUGCGUGAACAUUUUGUUCAGAUGGGAGAACGAGAUCAAAGGUCAAAGUAAAAGUUUUUAGCAACGAUUGAUCGCUUUCUGAGAAAAAACGCCUUUCCAUUUCUCAAGGUCUAUUUUUGAACUUUUUUUUUCAAUUUAAAGUGGAAAUAUAAUAGAUAUACAAAUUUAUUUCGAUUGCUUUCAAUUCGC